GCUUGGUCCGAUCUUGUCUCAUUCCGUUAAUCACGCCGCGCUCAUGGGACGCCGAAGAGGAACCGGAUCACCGCAUCCUUGUUAAACGGCGUCUGUUUGUCGGCGUGCGUCGAUCUGCGUUGAGGAAGAAUGCUGGAAAACAAGAGGGAGAGACUGAAAACCUUCCUGAGAAAGAUCGACGAGAGCGCCAUAUCGCGAAUCAAGCAUUUGAUGAAGGAGAGCUAUGCGGUGGACGCCGGGACGAUUCCUGCCAAGGCCAAGAAGGGGAGGACGAAAGGCAAGCUGGGGAGCAGGAAGGCAAUGAGUUUGGAGGAGAAUCAGCUGGAGCUUCAGCAGCAGACCAAGAGCCUGAGCCGGCAGGUCCCGCCCAGGUCUCAGACUCUGGAAGUGGACAGUCCUUUAGAGAGAAGCGACAGUCUCAACUCAAGAAGUAGUUUCAUGAAGCACAACAAAACAUUCCACAAACUCUUCCCAGAGAUCCCAGAGACUGAGGAUCUGCUGCACGCUUACGUCUGUGCGCUGCAGAAGGAAGUGCCUUACCACGGCCGUCUGUACAUCAGCGACAGCAGCCUGUGCUUCUUCUCCUCCGUGCUGCUCAAAGACACCAAGCUGAUCGUCCCCGUCUCCAGUGUGACCGUCCUGAAGAAGCAGAACACAGCGCUGCUCGUGCCAAACGCCAUCUCUGUGCGGACCACAGACGGAGAGAAGUAUUUGUUCGUGUCUCUGAGGAACAGAGAAGGCUGUUAUAAGCUGCUGCGAGCCGUCUGUCCUCAGCUGCUGGACGGCAGUGCUAACAGCAGUCCUCUCCUGUCGUCGGCCGAGAACAGCUUCGAUCAGGCCAAGCCGGUGCAGAGCUCCAGUCAGUCCAGUCUGGACGACUCGUACGAGCUGUGUCCUCCCGUCCAGCCGUCUGCGUCUCCGCUCGCUGCAGAAAACAGCCAGAUUAAGAGCCAGCCGCAGACGCCAGACGAGAGCUCGAGCGAGGAAUACACCGGAAGCUCGUGGGUCUGGAGCGUGACGGACCGAGCGCGAUCUCUCCUCAUCCAAAGAGAAAUCAGCAACCUCAACACCCUGCUGCUCAUCUACUUGAUCCUGGUGUUUCUGCUUUUGUUGUCGUCUGGCUAUAUCGGCCUUCGUAUCGUGGCCUUAGAAGAGCAGCUGACGUCUCUCGGAGCGCUUCCCGAAUACACCUUGCAAAGCGGGUACAAAGAAACGUAAGAGAUCUCAUCCAUCAGGACUUUGGAAAGAACCACCAAAAAAACUGUUUUUAAAGAGCCACUGGCCACUGCAGGGAAUGCUGGGAAGGACCUUUGUUUGCAUAUGCGCCAGCUCCCGAACUCUCGAACUGAACUUCUUCUCUGUGCCAAGAAAACCACCAAAGGGCAAGUGCUUACGAGAUGCUGGUGUUGACGAAACCCGGGCAUGUCUUCCCUCGCAGCCGUUCGGUUCGUGUUCGCUCUGCAGCAACUCGCCCAGAACCAACCAAAGACAACCGGUUUGUCUCGGAGGACUCACAAAGGACAACAAAAACUAACUACAUCUGUGGGAAAGCAUUUCAUCUGUUAUUACUCAUUGCGUUGACCUUUUACAACAAUCACAAAAAAAAAGUGCGAAGAAUUAUUAUUUUUGAUGACUAUCUUUUUCAUCAGUCUUUCGGUUUCCUCCUUCCUCUUUAAGUUUUUUCGUACAAGGGUUGCGCGAUUACUGGUUUUCGGUUUAAUGAUUAAAAAAAACUUAAGCUAGCUAAACAACGCUUACUCCUUUGUACCACUUUUACGAUCACCAAAAUAGUCGCAAAUGUAGAAUAAGAUUUUGCGAUAUUACUGGUUUGGGUUCAACGAUAAAAAUAGCUAUGCUAGCUAGCCAACUCUUACUUAUUGAAACACCUUUAUUUGACCAUCAAAAGAUGUCGCAAAUAACUUUCAUACAUUUUCUUUUGUCCCAAGUUACGUAUUUUUGAUGGCUUGCUUUAUCUUGGUCUUCUUUCGGUUUCAUUCUUCCUCCUUUGUUGUAUAAGGGCUUGUGAUAUUCCUGGUUUCAUUUUAACGAUAAAAAAGAGCUAAGCUAGCUAGCCAACCCAAAAUCAUAGCAGCGUCUUCAAUUGACCAUUUACGACCAUUGAAAAAAAAAAAAAAAAAAGACGAAUAUUGUUGUAUAAGGGGUUGCGAUUAUUACUGGUUUUGGUUUAACGGUAAAAAAAGAGCUAAGCUAGCUAGCCAGCCCUUCGUAUUAUUGUAUGUAUAGUCUAUGCACAAGAAAUGUUCAGAUCAGGUAUUUAACAAGUUUUUGUAACAUUUCUUUUGUCUUUUAAUACUCUAAAAAGGAGACGAAGUAGACCUUUUCGUAAUCCAAAUGAAAAAAAAAAAAGUAAAAAAAAAAAGAUUGUAUUG